AAAGUAUUCAGGUUUUGCUUUACAAAUACAUGUGUAGAAUAACAUUUUCAGCACAAAACCGAAAAAGCUGAUUCUAUUAAAUAUCUAUUUAACCUUCUGCUAAACCCUGUUAUAUCGGGUAGAUUUUUAUUUAUUGUUAUUUAUUGCUGGGGUCAGUUUUUAGGUUUCUUUUUCUCUUCGUUUUACAUCCGUUGUAACAGUUUAUUUUCAAAUUUUAGCGGCCAAAUGCAGCGAUGACACACGUUUCAGUUAUCUGUUUAUUUUUUGUGUUGGGAAUCUUUUCUAAAGGUGUGCCAGCUGUGAUCCAAACGCAGCAGACUGUGGUAGCAGCAGUGGGAGAGCAGGCCUGCUUGAAAUGUCAAUUCACUCAGUCUAAAGAUGUCCUUCAGGUCACAUGGCAGAAAAUCCUGCCUGAUGGAAAGAAGAAUCUCGCUACGUUCAGCAAAAACUUUGGCGCAAGAGUCAAUGCUGGCUUAAGUAAGAAAGCAGAUUUCCUGUACAGUGAACUAAAGAACUGCUCCAUGGUGAUCAAGAAGGUGACGGAGGAGGAUGAAGGCUGUUAUCACUGUUUGUUUAACACUUUCCCCGGUGGAGCUGUGACGGGCACAACCUGCCUCAGAGUCUAUGAGCUGCAUGAACCCGUCCUUCAUGUCAGAGAAUCAAACUCCUCUGCAGAGUCAUUUGUGUCCUGUUCAGCCACAGGUCGACCUGCUCCCAAUGUAACAUUGACUGUUACACAACAACCCUUCAGCUUCUUACACCACAACACUGUCAGUGUGAGCAACACCAACGGUACAGUCACUGUCACUGCUACAGCUGUACUGUCAGGUUUCCAUAACAACAGCAUACAGGUUGGAUGUGCAGCCCGAGUGCCCUCUGGUCCUCAGAUGGAGGCGUUUGUUAUCCUUCCAGAGCCCAAACAGAUGUCUGAUCAUGGUGCUUCUAAGAAAGAACGUUCUGACAGUGAAUCCAAUUCCACUUGGAUCAUUUUAUCAGCUGUGUGUGUUGUGGUGGGCGGUUGUGUUGCUACCAUCAUUGCCAUACAGCUGAGACAAAAACAGAAUGGAGACCCUGAGAGGACCAAAACACCACAAAAAACAACCCAGGACACACACCAGAUAACACCUCUGAUCAAGAAAGAGAAUGAGCUGAUCAGACUGCGGUCAUCAAGCAAGAAACGUCCAGAAAACAACCACCCAAAACCCUCGCCGUCGACAGCUAAAAGGCUGUUUGAAGACGACAACCAGACAUGAUUGUCAAAGCCCAGGAUGUGAUAAUUUAUGCAUACUUCAUGUGUAUAACCACAAUGAAGGGCAGAAAGCUCAGCUGUUAAGUGAAAUAGGAUAUGUGUUCAUCUUUAUCGAGGAUAUUAGAGACACACUUCGUCUCCAGUUGUCCAUCUGAUACCAGAGAUGUGGACUACUGUCCGUCUGUAGACAUGAAGAGGAAGUUGAGAGACAGCAGCACAAGUAGGAGGCAGCAUGAGUCAAUCACAGUUAAAAUUAUCAAGGUAUGCACUGGCGCCCGCCAUGUUUACUCCAUUUCAGUGGACUUAUUCAAUAAGUUAUUAACUGACAUUUCAUUUAUUAUCUGUACCACUUCAUGCAUGUCUUUGGACAGUCAUCUGGAGAGAACCCACGCAUACACGGAGAGAACAUGCAAACUCCACACA